AUGGCGCUAGAUAGCUUUCUCCGAAAGGCCUACUGGACUCUCGCUGCGUGUGGUCUGGUAUAUGCCCUGAUCCUUGGAGCUUUGACGCAUCCUGCAGUCCAGCGAAAUGCAACAUACGCGCAUAACAUCAAUCCCUCCUAUUUCCAGGAUUUGAGCAAUGUCGAGCAAUUCGGCUUUCUACAACAUCAGAUUCAACCCUUCACGAUUACUACGCCGGAUAACGUGACCUUGUUUGCCUGGCAUAUCUUGCCACUACCCCUGUACCGUCAGCAUGAGCAGGCGUUGAAGGAGCAGGCUGAGUUUGGUGUGAAGCCGUAUGACAGCGCGGCAAAGAGCGUUGGCCUCCAGCUGCUCCUCAAUGACCCUGAUGCCAUCGCUGUGGUGAACUUCCAUGGCAAUGCUGCUCACCUCGCUUCCGCUCACAGGCCGGUGACGUAUCAGCAGUUGCUCGCCCUCUCGACGCGCGAGAAGCCUGUCCAUGUGAUUGCCUUUGACUAUCGUGGCUUCGGGUUAAGCACAGGCAGUCCGACAGAGGAGGGGGUCAUACAAGACUCAGUAUCGCUGUUGUCUGCAUUGACAGGGCAACCGGCAAGCAUGAAAAGUCCUAGCAACGAACCUGCAGAAGCCCUCCAGCCCUCCCAGAUCAUCCUUGUGGGUCAGUCUUUUGGAACAUUUGUGUCGACGGCAGUCUACCACGAAUGGACCUUGAAUCUGGGCAGAGCACCGUUCAAAGCGUUGGUAUUGUAUGCCAGUUUCACUUCAUUGCCCACCUUGCUCGAGUCCUAUUCGAUCAAAGGUCUCACUCCUCCCCUGCUGUCUCCGUUGCUGGCAUACCCUCGCCUACAAAAAUGGCUGGUCUCCAAGCUCGUGGACAAAUGGGAGACGAACAACAGAUUGGUGGACUUGGUCCAGAACCCAGCGGUGCAGCUGGACUUGGUUAUGAUGCACGCUCGGGAUGAUUGGGAGAUCCCUUGGAGAGAAGCCCGGGCUGGCUGGGAUCGGGUACUGCACGCGGCAUUAAAGGACCAGGUCGAUUUCCCUCGCAACCUCGAUCUUGAAGAGUGGCAGAGUGACGAUGGAAGAAAGCGCUUACGAUGGGAAAGGGUUCGGCAUGGGGGCCACAACAGGGUUGUGUCGAGUGAGCACGCCAAACUGUCGAUAAUGCGACUCAUAGACUGA